AAAUUUAUAAAAGGCCGUAAAAUCCCGGCUUUGGUAAUUGUGUCAAUUAGUUUUACUAUCUUUGGAUUGAUGUUCCUCGACUUCGAUUCUGCGGGUGUUAAGGACCCCUUCAAACAGAGCACAUCUGCGGAGAACGGGGGAAGCAAUGCUGCCAGUCGACUAGUGCAUAUACGCAAUCAACAGCGGAACGGACGCAAAAGCGUAACAACCGUCCAAGGCCUUGAGGAAACGUUGGACCUAAAGAAAAUGGUCCGUGCCCUUAAGAAAGAAUUCAGUUGCAACGGCACAGUCAUCUCUCACGCUGAAUACGGGUCGAUCAUUCAACUUCAGGGCGAUAAACGUCACGACGUAGUUCGUUUCCUAGAACGAGAAAAUCUAGUGUCACCUGACCAAAUUAGGCUCCAUGGUGUCUAAUGAAACAGUUUGUUAAUCAUAUAUAUUUGCGUGCCUGUUAAAGGCUGGCUUUGUCUAUGGACCCUUUAUGUUCGUACACAUGUCAAAUUAGGCGGAUUGUCUGACGUUAACAUCAGGGUUCCUUGCCAAGUCAGAUUUGAUGUGUAGGUGAGUAACGGCCUACUAUUGACAUGGAAACUGAUAUUAACUCAU